AUGGAAUUGCAGGACAAUAAGACAGAACAGUGGCUUUUUGUUAACAAAACCGUUAUAUUUUAUGAUCUACAACAGCGGAUCGAAGGCAAAAUCUUCCUGAAGAUGUUCGAGGGGCAGCAAACCCCCGCGGACCCUUGCUACGACGAGGACAGGCCGCGUAGGUGUAUCCCGGAUUUCGUCAAUGCCGCCUUCGGGGUGCCCGUGAAGGCGUCUUCCACUUGCGGCCUGCAUUCGCCCGUGCACUACUGCGAAGCGCCGGAACCGGGGGCGAAUCCGCAGUGUCACAUUUGUGACGAUCGUCAGCCUCGCAACAGAUUCCCUUCUUCUCACCUGACGGACCUGAACAACCCCAAUAACAUAACCUGUUGGAGGUCGGAACCUCUUCCUCCGGUUACAUCAAUAAACGCGCCUCCUGAUAACGUGACUUUAACCCUCAGUCUGGGGAAGAAGUACGAGUUGACUUACGUAAGCCUCCAGUUCUGCCCUUUAACCCCGAAACCCGACUCGAUCGCGAUCUACAAGAGCAUGGACUAUGGCAAGACCUGGCAGCCUUUCCAGUUCUAUUCCAGCCAGUGCAGAAGGGUGUACGGAAGACCCAACAGAGCAACCAUCACGAAGACGAACGAGCAAGAGGCGCGAUGUACAGACGCACAUAGGUACACGGGUGGAGAUUCCUUCGGCUUCGGGCAAACCUCCAGGAUAGCCUUCAGCACGCUGGAGGGGAGACCGAGUGCUCUGGACUUCGACAACUCCCCAGUCCUGCAGGACUGGGUCACGGCGACGGACAUUAAAGUCGUCUUCAACCGCCUGCACAUGCCAGUGGAGGAUUCCUCCGACAACCUCGACAUCCUAAAGUACGAGUUGACUUACGUAAGCCUCCAGUUCUGCCCUUUAACCCCGAAACCCGACUCGAUCGCGAUCUACAAGAGCAUGGACUAUGGCAAGACCUGGCAGCCUUUCCAGUUCUAUUCCAGCCAGUGCAGAAGGGUGUACGGAAGACCCAACAGAGCAACCAUCACGAAGACGAACGAGCAAGAGGCGCGAUGUACAGACGCACAUAGAUACACGGGUGGAGAUUCCUUCGGCUUCGGGCAAACCUCCAGGAUAGCCUUCAGCACGCUGGAGGGGAGACCGAGUGCUCUGGACUUCGACAACUCCCCAGUCCUGCAGGACUGGGUCACGGCGACGGACAUUAAGGUCGUCUUCAACCGCCUGCACAUGCCAGUGGAGGAUUCCUCCGACAACCUCGACAUCCUAGUGGACGAGCGUCUGUUCGACAAGCACCUCGACGAGGACGACAGCCAGACCAAAGAGCCGCUGCCGUCGGUGCAGCUGGUUAACGAGAUGCAGGCGCUGGAUAACGAGGAGCCCAAGAACCCGAAAGUGACGGUGGGUUCGGAGUUGGGCGCCAACGGCAUCAUAGGCGGUUACCAUCAGGUGACGCACCAGUACGCCGUGGCGGACUUCGCCGUCGGUGGGCGAUGCAAGUGCAACGGCCACGCAAGCCGGUGCAUCACGGGCCGCGAUGGUCAAUUAGCCUGCGAAUGCAAACACAACACCGCGGGCAGAGAUUGCGAGCGAUGCAAACCCUUCCAUUUCGACAGGCCCUGGGGCAGGGCUACCGCCAGAGACGCCAACGAGUGUAAAGGACUCACAUAA